ACGGCUGUGGGCUGAGCGCGUGCUCUUCAGCGUCUCACAGGCUUGUCAGCAACUUUGAGGAAUUGGGCUUUUUUUCUCUCCACUGAGUUGUUUUUAAAGAAUAUAUUUUAAGGAUAUCUUACGCUCCAGCUGUAUUUUUAUUUUUAUCGAUAUGGUAUUACUUGCGACUUAGUGGUCACUUUUUAGUCAAAGAAAUAUCCAAGUGAGCUGCUUUCUUUCUCCGAACCGAACACAACGCUUGGUCUUGUUUAUGAUCUAAACUAGCUGGGUUUGUUUGUUUGUUUGUUCACACACCACUUUUUUUAACGACUUUAUCGUUUAAACGAAGUCGUUUUAAUUCCGUCGGAUGCCAGUUCGUUUCUUUCCCAUGUGAGAAUCGUCAGAACCAGCCAACCAACGCCUUUUCUGUGCGAGCCGUAAAGCGUAUGGUGUGAGAACAAACCCCAGCAGCCGAACACAGCCCGGUGCGCCAUCACCUCAUUACUGUUACUGCUCUGUUUUUUAUUUUAAUCAAGCGUCGUUUCUGUUGUUUUAGACAACAGACGGGUUUUAGGUGAAGAUGGGUUGCACCCUAAGCGCUGAGGAUAAAGCCGCGAUAGAAAGGAGCAAAAUAAUCGAUAGGAACCUGCGGGAAGACGGAGAGAAAGCGUCCAGAGAAGUCAAACUGCUGCUGCUGGGUGCUGGUGAAUCAGGGAAGAGCACGAUAGUAAAACAGAUGAAGAUCAUCCAUGAAGAUGGCUACUCAGAAGAGGAGUGCAAGCAGUACAAGGUGGUGGUGUACAGCAACACGAUCCAGUCAAUCAUUGCCAUCAUCAGAGCGAUGGGCCGUUUAAAGAUCGACUUUGGCGACCCAGCAAGAGCUGAUGACGCCAGGCAGUUGUUUGUGCUGGCUGGGACAGCAGAGGAAGGGGUUAUGACCCCCGAGUUGGCUGGGGUCAUCUGCAGGUUGUGGAUGGACAACGGGGUCCAGAGCUGCUUUGCCAGGUCCCGAGAGUAUCAGCUCAACGACUCGGCCUCCUAUUAUCUGAAUGAUCUGGAGAGGAUAUCCCAACAGAGCUACAUGCCCACACAGCAAGAUGUGCUGAGGACUCGAGUCAAGACCACCGGCAUUGUGGAAACCCACUUUACCUUUAAAGAGCUCUACUUCAAGAUGUUUGAUGUGGGUGGCCAGCGUUCGGAGAGGAAGAAAUGGAUUCACUGCUUCGAGGGUGUCACAGCCAUUAUCUUUUGCGUAGCACUGAGUGAUUACGACUUGGUGCUGGCUGAAGAUGAGGAGAUGAACCGCAUGCACGAAAGCAUGAAGUUGUUUGACAGCAUCUGCAACAACAAGUGGUUCACCGACACUUCAAUCAUCCUCUUCCUCAAUAAGAAGGACCUGUUUGAGGAGAAGAUCAAGAAGAGUCCGCUCACCAUCUGUUACCCUGAAUACUCAGGUUCUAACACGUAUGAAGAGGCUGCAGCUUACAUCCAGUGCCAGUUUGAGGAUUUAAACAGGCGAAAAGACACCAAGGAGAUAUACACUCACUUUACCUGCGCCACCGACACCAAGAACGUGCAGUUUGUCUUUGAUGCAGUCACUGACGUCAUCAUCAAGAACAGCCUGAUCGAGUGUGGGCUCUACUGAAGCAGCAUGAUUGUUUGCCAAGUGGGACUAACGAGCAAUGCCUCAUGGGAUGGAUCUCAUUGUCGCUGCCUGUAGUGGACUUCAGUCAGUGGGGGAAAAAUGACCAGACACACAGUGCUGCUACCGAACUGCACGUAUACCGUACAUCUUACUGUGCAUUUGGGGGUGGGGGGGGACUCUUCUUCAUUGGCCAUAUUAUCAUCUGUCUCUUUUGUUUUCGGUCCAUGUUGAAAUUGGUUGCUAAUUCUUUUGGCUGUUACAAUAAGUAAAGUAGUUCUAUGCACACACCAGAAUCCUAAAAGGUUGAGAUGCAUCUUGCCAAAAGAGGAAUUUCUGACCUUCAUCCGCUACAUAACUGUGAUUUCUUCAGCAAGCAGAAUUUUUCAAGUGUCCUCUCGUUAGGUUUCUAGGUAAGUUAUUGAUAAUCUGAUUCUUUUGAGUUCUUUAUUUUAGUUGCACAUUUCAGUGGAAACAAGACAAACGAAGGUGUUCACGUUAGUAGAGCAUUUUCAGUCAACAAGCCUGUAGCUGUUUAGUUUCCAAGUCAGAGGUAUGAGACAGAUGAUCGUUGCUUUAUUUAAAAAAAAAAAGUAAAUAGUAGCUAAAUACUUGUUUAUUUCUUUUAUCCUUCUCAAUUUAUUUUUAAGUGUGGACCACUACGUAACACUUUUUUGGUUCUUUACACUUGUGUAUGAAUGAUUGUUGAUUUUAAUAAAUUCAUGACUGCAUGCUAAUGGAACUAAUGAGUGGGUCAAGAACACUUUUGUAAUAAAUGUAGAAAUUGUGACUUUUGUGCAUGGAGGCUGAAUUUACAUUCACUGCUUGAAAUUUUGAAGGUUUUGUUGCUGGGAUUUAAAAAAAAAAAGUAGAUGGGCUUUUACCUUUAUGGCAGGUGUACUUAGUGUGUAAAUAUACAUGUUUAUUUUUACAUAAUUCUUUAACUUUUUUUUUUUUUUAAUUAAAUGCUCAUUUUCAAAAAUAACCUAGAGAGUCUGGAACUGCAAUGCUGAUCUGUGCUUUUAAUAGUGACAGACAGUUUGUCAGGUUGAUCUGCUUUAGGUCACACAUUUCUACUCUUUAUUUACGUAUUUAAAACAUUCGGAAGUAUUGAACUUUUAAAAUAGUUUUAACUGUUAGCCGACAACUAAAGUCUAUAAUUUUAGUGUAGCUCAGACUGUAGUGUAUAAUUCUUGUUAAGAUCUUAAGGGCUGUUGGAUGUACUGUGUUAAUCCUGUGGAUUUCUGUUUUAUAAAACAAACCGACAUCAUGGACUGCUUUGUAAUUUGUCCUGGUUUAAUUGUCGAACAUGUUUCCCAGUUAAGCUUGACUUUUAAUUGCUAUAACAGUGUUAUGCAGUCCUAUAAAAUUAUCCAUUCCCAGUAAUGUCUCAUUUUUACAGGUCUGUUUAUGCCUCUUCUUGUAUAACUUUUUUUUUUUUUUUAAUUUCCUGCUUGAAAAGUUUUUUAAAAAUCCUUUGUCUUUUUUCUGUACUGAGUCACUAAUAUCUAUUAAAGCACACACAAAUGAAAU